CCGCGUCUAUUCACGAAAACAAUGGCCUCCGGUCUCGGCGUUCCCGUCAAGCUUCUUCAUGAAUCCCUCGGCCAUAUCAUCACCGUUGAGCUCAAGACCGGCCAGCUCUACCGCGGGAAGCUCGCAGAGGCGGAAGACAACCUGAACAUCUCGUUGAAAGAGAUCACCGUCACUGGACGCGAUGGGCGCGUAUCCCAGCUCGACCAGGUCUACAUCCGCGGGAGCAUGAUCCGCUUUUUCAUCGUCCCCGACAUGCUGCAAAACGCGCCGAUGUUCAAGCGCGUCGGCCCAAAUGCGAUGAAGGGACGGGGUAUUGGGACGGCGAGAGGUCGUGCCACGAUCAUGCGCGCAAAUGCUCGCCGCGGUCGUGGAGUCGCGCCGACGCCGCGCGGCAUCAGGCGAUAGAUCUCGCCCGCGCGCACGAAUGGUCUCGCUCCGUCUUAUCCUGCUGUAUCCAUUUCUGCUUUCAUCUUGUAAUAUCAAUGUGCACUUCCUCUGCCCUCCAUUGUG